GACAGCAACAACCGUCACUCACUCCUCACAGACUAAACAGAGUCGUUGCCCUCUUCCUCCCUCCUCAAGUCCACCCAACCCGUCCCAAGCCCGCACCUCCACCACCACCACCACCACCACCCUUCCUCCAAAUCCCCAACUCGGCAGCCGGCUUUCCAAUCUGAACUCACGGCAACACGGCCGUCGUCCUCUUCCUUCUCUUCCUCGGCAUGAGCGGCUUCUUGGCGGUGGUGGGCAAGAUCGGCACGUUCUUGCUGUGGGUGCUCUUCCUGGUGUUGCAGACGGCCACCAAGAUCGUCGGCAGCCUCCUGGCCGCACCAGCCGAGCCGCAAGAGGACCAGCAGCAAGAAGCGGCGGCGCGGCGCAGGUCGCCGCCAGCUUCGCCUCACCGCUACCCCUACGAGCCAGCGUCGGCGCCGCCGCCGCAGCUGUGGGACCCUCCGCAGCCGGCGUACUCUGCUUCUGCUCCCGCAGCGGAUGAGUACUCCUCGUCCUCGAGCUUCCGGCGGCGGGCGAGUGCGCCGCCGCCGCUGGUUGAGGAUGUAGUGGUGUCCUCCAGUGGCUACUCGCGUCCGGCGGCGGCGGCUGCUGCGCAUUCCGUGUCAGGGCUUCCGCUGAGGGCAGUCGAGACGCGGGCGGUGCCAGCGAGGACGGCGGCGGUUGGGGGUAAGCGGCCGAGGCUGGAGAGGAAGUACUCCAAGAUUGUGGACCAGUACCGCUCCUUGGAUGAGGUUAUUGAAGCAUUAGCACAAGCUGGUCUUGAGUCUUCCAAUGUAAUCAUAGGAAUUGAUUUCACAAAGAGCAACGAAUGGACAGGAAAGAAUUCCUUCAAUGGCAUGAGCCUGCAUCAUAUUGGUGACACCCCAAAUCCUUAUGAGCAGGCAAUCUCCAUCAUUGGGCAGACCUUGUCAGCUUUUGACGAGGAUAACUUAAUUCCUUGCUAUGGUUUUGGAGAUGCAUCUACGCAUGACCAAGAUGUAUUUGCCUUCUAUCCUGACGAAAGACCAUGCAAUGGUUUUCAGGAGGCGUUGGCUCGAUAUAGAGAAAUUGCUCCUCAUCUUCGUCUUUCCGGUCCUACAUCAUUCGCCCCAAUAAUUGAAAUGGCCACAACCAUCGUGGAGCAAAGUGGUGGCCAAUACCAUGUUUUAGUAAUAAUUGCUGAUGGGCAGGUUACACGAAGUGUAGAUACUGAAUUUGGCCAGUUAAGUACCCAGGAGCAGAUGACUGUUGAUGCUAUUGUACAAGCCAGCGAAUUUCCCUUGUCUAUAAUUUUGGUUGGAGUUGGAGAUGGUCCAUGGGACAUGAUGAAGGAAUUUGAUGACAACAUACCCGCUAGGUCUUUUGACAACUUUCAGUUUGUCAACUUCACUGCGAUCAUGUCAAAAAAGAUAAGUCAAAGCAAAAAGGAGACAGAGUUUGCCCUUUCAGCACUCAUGGAAAUUCCUUUGCAGUACAAGGCAACAUUAGAGCUUGGAAUUUUAGGGCGUCGACUUGCAAAGUCACCUGAGCGGGUUCCACUUCCUCCUCCUUUUUCAAGUUACAGAACAAUCUCAAGAGCAGCACCCUCUCGGGCAAAUAGCUAUCGAAGUGUGCCUUCACAUCCUAGAGAGGAGCCAACUGUAGAUUCAGCAAUCACAGCAUCUGUUACAUCCCCAGCAGCCGAUACUAGAGUUUCAGAAGCCCAACUCUGCCCAGUUUGCCUUUCCAAACCCCGGGACAUGGCAUUUGGUUGUGGUCACCAGACGUGUUCUGAAUGCGGACCGCAAGUCGCAGAUUGUCCCAUCUGUCGAAGGUCCAUUGACACAAGAGUAAAACUGUACUAAUUAUCUGCCGUGCCAAACUAGGUCUCGCUGACGUAUAUUCGAGCUGGAAGCAGAAGCCACAUUAUCCAAUGAAGUAUUCUAUUAGACUAUUAAUGCUGUAGUGUGUAUUAAUUUAAUAAAAGCAUCUGUAUAAGAAUUAAAAAGGAGAAUGAAAGUUUCAUGCCUC